GCAUGAAUCGAAGCAGUUGAGCAGCACAGCACCAGAUCCCUGAGCUCGAACCCCGAGCGCCGGCAGUUAACGCAGUGGCCUCGAAGCUGUAACAACAUCUCGCGUCCGCUCGAUCCGCUCCGCCACGACGACCAAAAACAAAACAGAAUCUCUCGUGAAACGCGAAACGCUGCUACAUGCUAACGUGUUAUCGCGUCCCGCUCAUGAUAAGGUUCUGCGUGUAUGCAAUACAAUGUCAUACUAAAAAAAAGGUGUACGACUAUCAUCUCCCCGCAACAUUCGCCGUCGGCUUAAAAAAGUGAACUGUUAUCGAAUGUGCUAAUCAAAUCGAAAAUGUUGCAAACGCUUGCAAAUUGAUCUACAUCUCGGAUAUACGAAUUUACACUGGUUAUUAAUAGCUGUCACAAGAAUCGUAUUAUAUAAGCAACCUAUAUGCAGACGGCGGCUUUCGUGGGACGCUUGACAAACUGAUCAAGUCGUCGUCGUCAUUAUCUUCUAUAUAUAUAUAUAUAUAUAUACUUCUACAUUCUGGCUGCGAUCGGGCUCGAUUCCCAGGCUAAAGCUGGCGACAGAAUUUUGUGCAAAAGACUUGGAUUAAAAACCGCCAAAAUUGUGGAGGCAAUUAAAAUGAAGACUGAGCUGCGUUCCUGCGCAGCGUGUGGGGAACCCAUCUCGGAUCGGUUCUUCCUGGAGGUAGGCGGCUGCUCCUGGCACGCCCACUGCCUGCGAUGCUGCAUGUGCAUGUGCCCCCUGGACCGCCAGCAGUCCUGCUUCAUCCGGGAGCGACAGGUGUACUGCAAGGCCGACUACAGCAAAAAUUUCGGCGCCAAGUGCUCGAAGUGCUGUCGCGGCAUCUCCGCCUCGGAUUGGGUGCGUCGGGCGAGGGAGCUGGUCUUCCAUUUAGCCUGCUUCGCCUGCGAUCAGUGUGGACGCCAGUUGUCCACCGGCGAGCAGUUCGCCCUCAUGGAUGACCGGGUGCUCUGCAAGGCUCAUUAUCUGGAGACGGUCGAGGGUGGCACCACAUCGAGUGACGAGGGCUGUGACGGCGAUGGUUAUCACAAGAGCAAGACGAAACGGGUGCGAACCACCUUCACCGAGGAGCAGUUGCAAGUGCUGCAGGCGAACUUUCAGAUUGACAGUAAUCCGGAUGGCCAGGAUCUGGAGCGUAUUGCCUCGGUGACCGGUCUCAGCAAGCGUGUGACGCAAGUUUGGUUCCAGAAUUCUCGAGCGCGUCAGAAAAAACACAUACAUGCUGGUAAGAAUAAAAUACGCGAACCGGAAGGAAGCUCAUUUGCGCGUCAUAUUAACCUGCAGUUAACGUAUUCAUUUCAGAAUAACGCACAGACCCCAAUGCAUAUGAACGGCUCUAAAGCGGGUCUAUACCCGACUCAUGAAUCCUCCAUGGAUGAAUUGUCGCAGGACUCCAGUGUGCAUUGUAUGCCCAGCGAGGUGUGACUGGAGCAAUCCUCGCCAGCUCGGACACACCGCUAGCUGGCCACCCACAAAACGUCCUUUCCUAGUCAAAAUUUUAUAUAAAUGCGUCCACACAAAAGCAGUCUCACAAGAGGAGAAUCAAUCUAGAAAAAAAAAUAAAACAAAUCAUAAAAGAAAAUCUAAAACCCAUCAUACAAAGAAGUCCCAGUUUUUUAGGCUUUGAGCAACCCAUCGCCAUCUCAUCAAAAAGACACAGCAAACAGCAAACAGCAAACAGAGAAACAAACAUUCCUGCAUUGUAGUGUAAGAAGCUGCAGCUUAGUUAAUUUAAUUUAAAUGAAAUUUAAAUUUAAUUUAGUUUAAUGUUCGGUAAUCGAUAAGUGUUUCCCCAUCACUCGAACCCCAAGAUUGAUAACUGCUUGCCAAGGCUCCUGUAAUAUAUUUAUGCGUAUGCCUAAUCAUUGUCGUAUACCUACCAUGAGAAACGUUGUUAUUGUUUAUUUUCUUGUUUUCUAAAUGUAUAAAAAUCUAUAUAAAAUAUAUAUAUAUAUAUAUAUAUAUAUAAAAAGAUUUAGAUCUAUAGUCGUAUCCUAAACUUAGCUGGCCAGGCAAUUUGUAUAUAGUAAUGAUAGCCGAAAUUGAUAAGCAACGCAGAAAACAUUCAAAACUAACAUUUAGUUAACACAAAUUAUAAAAAUACAAUUAAAGAUGAACCGAAAUCAAUUAAAAAAAAAUGACAAAAAAAACAAAUUAAAGAGAAAAAAACUUUUUCAAAAACAAAUAUGAAUGGUGUUGUUAAUUAAGUUGGAUUGAAAGUGAUUAACUUUUGGGUUAAUCAGGGAAAUGAUUAACUUCAUUUGGACUUGUUUAAGUUAGUAGUGGGAAUAAUUAAGCUUAUUAAAAAGGUGGUUUCAAGCUGAUAAAGAUAGCUAAUAGGGGUGAUAAAGUAACGUGAUUAUUAAUGAAGUUAUUGCAAUGAAUAAUUCUUAAUGGUUUUUAACUU